CGUACAGGCCAAGUAUUUCUUGUGUACAAAUGUUUGGAGAGUAUUACCAUGAUCGACGUUUAGUGUAUUGAUGUAAAUCGCAAUUAAUACUACGCUAGGAUUUUUUUCCAGAUCACACUAAUUUUCUCGAAUGCGUAUAUCCUACCGAUUGUACACUAAUACAGCAAUGCAACCACACAAAGAGCGGCGUGUAUUGAGUGUUUCCGUUUGGAGUGGGAAAAGGCUUCCUUGUGUACUGUGACAUGGUGACGCAGGGCGGUGGAUGGCUGGUGUUCCAAAGACGACAAGACGGCUCUGUGGACUUCUAUCGUAACUGGCGGAAUUACGCUGAUGGCUUUGGUAACCUCUACGGGGAGUUCUGGCUGGGCCUGCAGAAGAUUCACCUCCUGACCUCUCAGGCGUACUUUGAACUCCUCGUGAAUAUGGGAAACUACACCAAUGGAACGGGUUACGCUUCCUACAGCAGAUUCCGUGUGGCAGACGAGACUCAAAACUUCCGACUUUUACUGGGCGUGUUCAUUGGGAACGUCGGUGACUCAAUGACUUACCAAAAUGGCUUGGAGUUUACCACAUAUGACCGAGAUAACGACUAUCACAACACGAACUGUGCUGCGACAUAUCAUGGGUCUUGGUGGUACAAUAAAUGUCAUUACAGCAAUCUGAAUGGGCUGUAUGUUCAUGUGCAGGAUAAGUCCAAGGUAACAGCUUCAACAGUCACGUGGUACCAUUGGUCGUCUAAAUAUCUCCCUCUUCAGUUCAGCGAGAUGAAGAUACGCCCGGUGAAAAUCUUCGUAUAAAAAAACCAAGUCAAUUUGCAUGUGAAGCUGCGUAACUGUUGUGCAGCCAGGCUUGUUAUGUCAGCAAAAAGUCAUUGGUAUAAGGCGGUGUAAAUCUAGUGAGCCAAACCCUCUGGAUGCCAUAUCCGGCCACGCAUAAAGAGGACCAGUUUAAAGUCGCCUAAAAGGAGAAGACUGAAUAGUCGGAUAGCUCAGUGGGUUGUAAGAAUGAUUUAGCGCUUUUGUUCGUGGGUUCGAAUUCCGCUCUACCUUACAUCGCACUAAGGUGGUGCAAGUUUUCAACCGCUAACACCAAACUGUGGAUUCUUGAAAAAAAAUUCAUUGGUCAGACAAUAUCGUGACUUCACAUCUGUCCUUCAACGAAAAGAGGAGUAUAUCCAUACCUUGCCGUCACACGGGUAAAGCACAAUCUUACUGUAUCACAAAGAGCCCACAAAUCCCCAUACAAAGCUCGCUUUAUUACGGGGUUUAGAAGCUGUACCCCAAACCUGUAUCUUCUCCCUUAAAGGCACUACAGGAAGAUCCGUGUCUUUUAACACAGGCACUGCAAGAUGAAAUUUUGGAAUAAGUACUGUUGUGCAAUGGCCCAAAAUUCAGACGUCAGCUGUAUGUGGGUUCUUCAAAACUCCAAACGUCUGUAGAACUGUAGAACUGGAGGCUCAGAUACGCGUACAGUAUAAGGACAUCUGUAUACUACUAUUCUGCACACAAAUCUAAUUGAUAGAAUUUCAUUAUAUCUAUUGUUUAACCCUAUCAGAACAAUUACAGACUUGCUGUGGACUGUUCCUACACAUUUCUUCUUCCAUUACUUGCAACAGUUGUCAUUACAUGAAAUGCGUUUUGUUACAGGAAGUUGUUGAUGAUGCAGUGUACAGAAUUCUGAAGACACUUCAGUUUUGCGUUGUUUUAAUGUUAAUGAAUUUUCUUUGUACAGUUAUAAUGCUAUUGUAUGUUAAACAUGAUGACAUUACAGCAUUUUAAGUAAUUCUAG